UUGUCUGCCCUUUCCCUUGUCACCAGAUCGAAAAAGGUGAUCAAGUUAGUUCCAGAAUAUCUCCUGAAAAAGAGGAAAGCUUAUCAAGCCAUCAAAGCUACCCAGGCCAAGCUUGCACUGCUUGAGAAAAGAAAGAUCUCUAGAGGAAAACCUUUGAAAUUCAAGCGCUUGGAGGAUUUCUUGAAAGACAGCCAUAAGAAACAUCGCGAUGAGACCCGCAUUCGGAGAGCUCAACUCUUGCCGCCUGCUCCCCUGCCUCCUGCAAAGAAUCGACUUGCUUUUGCCGUUCGCAUCAGAGAGAUUAAAGGUGUCAGUCCUAAAGUGAUGAAGGUGGUCCAGAUGUUGAGGUUAAGGAAGAUCUUCAGCGGGUCCUUUGUCAAAAUCAACAAAACGUCCGUAGCCAUGAUGAAAAUCGUAGAGCCCUAUGUGGCCUGGGGAUUUCCCAACUUGAAGUCUGUCCGUGAGCUCAUCCUGAAGAGAGGUCAGACCAGAAUUGGAAAGAAGAGAAUUCCUCUCACAGACAACACCUUUAUUGAGGAGCACAUGGGCAAACUUGGCAUCAUCUGUUUGGAAGACCUGAUCCACGAAAUCUACUCAGUUGGUAAAAGCUUCCGGGUAGCCAACAAUUUCCUGUUGCCUUUCAAGCUCUCUGUUCCUCGCCACGCUGCCAGAGACAAAGCCGGCCUCCUAAAAGACCUGGGAAAUCCCGGGUUCCGCGGUGGAAAUAUUAACUCUAUCGUCAGACUACUCAACUGA